GACUGUGAGUUGUGAGGCUCUGUGUUCGUGAAGUCGCCGACUUUUCUGCCACCUAUCCUCCUGUGGAGUUCGUUAUUAUGGCGGAGUUCCGGUGCUCCCCUUGAAGCCCACCAUCGCUUUGUGUACUAAAACGAAGAUAUAACGAUGGGAACAAACGAACCCGUCACGAAAGACAUCGGGCAAGGCGACAACACCUCCCUCGAUCAAGAACAACAGCAGUUACAGCCCGAUAAGUACGGAUUCAUUCGAGCGCCACACGUGACGAAAGAUGUGAGAGCCGUAGAAUCCAGUAUUCCAAGCGAAGUUCUGCGGCGUAGAGAACAGAAAUGGAGAGACAUGCUCCAGCAAUGGGAUCUCUUCACUUCGAAGAAAUUCAAGAAGCUGCGCAACAGAUGUCGCAAAGGAAUUCCCUCGUCGAUGCGAAUGGCCGCUUGGCCCUACCUUUGCGGAGGUGUGUUCCGCAAGGAAAAACGAAAAGGUCUGUUUCAAGACUUAGACUCUCAAAGCGGCGACCCAGUAUACGUGGAUGAUAUUCGGAAAGAUAUCGACAGGCAAUUCCCCGAUCACGAGUUCUUCAAAUCGGAGGAUGAGUCUGGGCAAAAGGAACUGUUCCGCGUCCUCAAAGCUUACUCUAUAAUGCGACCGGAAGUCGGAUAUUGUCAGGCCCAGGCGCCAGUUGCGGCUCUCUUACUCAUGCAUAUGCCAACCGAGGACGCUUUCUUCUGUUUUGUCGAAAUCUGUGACAAGUAUCUGAAUGGUUACUACAGUCCCGGGCUGGAAACCGUUCAGUUAGAUGGCUUGAUUCUAUUCGGUCUGUUGAAGAAAUUCUCACCCAAAGCGGCGCAACGACUCAACAAAUUAGACGUGAAUCCGACUUGUGUGAUGACCGAGUGGUUCAUGUGCUGUUUCACAAGAACGCUGCCAUGGCCAUGCGUUCUCCGUGUGUUCGACAUGUUCCUCUGUGAAGGUAUCCGAGUCCUAUUCGAAGUCGGCAUCGUACUGAUCGACUCGGUUCUGGGUUCAAGCGCUUCCAGCAAGGCGGGAGCUCGAGGUCAAUAUCUUGAGUCAUUCGAGGUUUUGAAGUCCCUCAAAGUAGCUGGUGAUAACUUGCUCGAGGAACCUUUCAUCAGGCAGGUGAUCGCGGUUGACCUUAGCCGGGAAGAUCUGGUGCGGGAACACAAACGCCAAGAGACAAAGAAACAAAAAGAGGAGAAGAGACGCCAGAAAGACACUGCGAGAGCCAAGAGGAGUAUCUAGGACAGAGAACCCAGGCUACCCGGGUGGGUCCUUGGUAUUUCUGAGAGAGUGCGAAUGAGGAACCGCGUUGAGCCGAAGGAUCUCGACGUAGUGAUACGAGAUAAGGCUACGCCCCAGUCUCGAUAUGGAGACCUGCGGAUGUUAGAACUUCUUGCGGCGAAUCGGACAUGAGCCUGAGAGGGCUCUAUCGAUACACCAUCCUUCGCGAACCCAGCGUCGCUCUUAGGAGUCCGAUUACAGAUCACAUCUUCGGUCGCAAUCGACGCUCGACUGUCGCUCAAGUUCACCAUAUUCGAAUGAUGAUCGUCCUCGCAUGGGCGAUUCGCUUCUGCUCCGAAAAUUUCGAAAUUCAGAAUUUUAUCGUACCGAUGGACUAGAAAAAGCGCACAUACAAUCGGAGGACCAAGCGUAGGCGACGCUCUCGAGGAUCCCGAUGCGAGCAUUAUAUUCUCCCAAACCCCGCUUCCCUUGCCUCGGCCCCAUGACCUUGUCACCAAUGGUUCCGAUUGCGGGUCGAUUGGCGAUAAGGCAUUGGAGAAAGCAGAGGCAUUCUCGAAGUCUCCUCGCGAAUAAUUUCGAGUUUCUACGAAAGUUCGACAUACAAGGUGCCUUAUUAGAAGGGAGGGGGAUGGUCACCAUGUCAAGCACUGGAGAGGAUUAAUUCUGUAAACGCUACUGAUCGAUGUAGAUAAUUUCC